AAAUAGUGUGAACGUUUGAAGAGGAGGAAGGAGGAAAAACCUUUGGACCGUUUCCUCUGUCACGAGAUAGUCAGGCCAUCGUAAAGAAAAUCACAAAAAAAGGUAGGACACCAAGCAGCGACCAACACCUGGGUAUGAUAAGAUUUCAUCUUUAUUUCAAGCAUUUUUUGGGAAGUAGAAUCAUCAGGAUCUUGCAGAGAAAGCCAAGACUUCGGAUGCUCUCUGGAACGGGUUUUUAAAAGCUCUUAAAAAUGACAUCUGUGCAUUAUAAUCCCCGGCUGGACUCCAAAGAUGUUAAUGGGAACGGUGUGAUGGAAGAGGCAGAGGUUCAAAUCGAUGAUGGCAAAGAGGAAAUUAAGGAACCGGACACUAUGUACUACAAUGUUAGGAAAAGGAUCGCUCCUUUUGUGAUGUCUUUUGGUUUUCGUGUCUUUGGCCUGGUGCUCAUCUUUGUGGACAUCAUUCUGGUCAUCGUUGACCUAUCACUGUCACCCGAAAGCCGUGAGAGUGUGGGAACAACUUUGGAGGCCAUCUCUCUUGCCAUCUCAUUCUUCUUCCUCAUUGAUGUGCUCCUGCGGAUUUUUGUAGAAGGAUUUAAGGUGUACUUCAGUUCCAAGCUGAACAUCAUGGACGCCUGCAUUGUGGUCAUCACUCUGGUUGUCACUAUGAUUUACACAUUCUCUGAUUUCUCAGGAGCAAGCCUUAUUCCCAGGUUAGUGUCAUUCCUGAGGUCCUUGAGAAUAAUUAUUCUGGUGCGUAUCUUCCGACUGGCCUCCCAGAAAAAAGAGAUGGAGAAGGUCACAAGAAGAAUGGUAUCAGAGAACAAAAGGCGGUACCAAAAGGAUGGAUUUGAUUUGGACCUCACAUACGUCACAGACAGGGUCAUUGCUAUGUCCUUCCCCUCAUCUGGGAAACAGGCCCUGUACAGGAAUCCCAUCAGAGAAGUUGUCCGAUUCCUGGACACUAAACAUCUGGAUCACUACAAAGUUUACAACCUCUGCAGUGAGAAAGGUUACGAUCCAAAACAUUUCCAUUAUAGAGUGGAACGUGUGAUGAUCGAUGAUCAUAACGUGCCAUCGUUAGAGGACAUGCUGAGAUACACUGGCAGCGUCAGGGAGUGGAUGGCUGCAGACUCGCGCAACAUCAUUGUUAUCCAUUGCAAAGGGGGAAAAGGGCGUACGGGGACCAUGGUGUGCACGUGGCUAAUUGACAGCGAUCAGUUUGAAAGUGCACAGGACAGCCUGGACUACUUUGGAGAAAGGCGAACGGAUAAAAGCAUGAGCUCAAAAUUCCAGGGUGUCGAAACUCCGUCUCAGAGCCGGUAUGUUGGAUACUAUGAGGUCAUGAAGAACAAAUACAACCGGCAGCUGCCCCCUUCAAAAAGCUUGAAAAUCAAGAGUCUGCGCAUUCACUCAAUCGCAGGUGUUGGAAAGGGCAAUGGCAGCGAUCUGAAAGUACGCAUCAUAUUGAAGAAGGAGCAGGUGUUCCAGUGCAUCUGUGCCAAACAGGAGAAGUGUGCGCUGUUCCCUGAUGCCGGAAACAACGCAGUGGUGAUUAGUUUACAGGACGGCCCGGUGGUUUGUGGCGAUGUGAAAGUCAUGUUUGAAUCCAGUGCUGGUCUUCCAAAGGGAUAUGAAGACUGUCCAUUCUUUUUCUGGUUCAACACUUCAUUUAUAGAGAACAACAGGCUGUAUCUGUCGAGGGAGGAACUGGACAACCCACAUAAGUCCAAGACCUGGGACAUUUAUAAAGAGGACUUUGGUGUGACCGUGUCAUUCAGUGAUCCUUGAAGAGAGAUUAAAUGAUGUGAUACACAUCAUAGUUCCUUAUACUCCUGUAGUCUUAACUAGAAGUAUGUCACUGAGCCAUACAUAGAAUUUAGGCCAGAUUGUUGUGUGUUCUGUUUACUCCUUGUUCAACAAAAGAAAAAUGUAAUAAAAAAAGGGGGAAAAAUUUAGAGAAUUGUACAAUAUUUGACAUCACAGAUUUACACGUUUCCAAAACAUUGCAAUGUUCUUACUACACGUACUUGACUAGCAGGAUCAUGAGCUUGAAUUGGAUUUACCUCUCAAGUUUCACAAUGCCUUAACCACUUCAGUAUGAAUUUUGCAGGAGCCAAAAUCUAGGCUGCAGUUUGCCUAAUACACAUAGUUUCACUCAGCAUCCUGCAGUGUAAAGUGACUGACAUGCUGGAAUUCAGCAGACAGUAAACACUCCAUAUCCACAUCCACUAUGGAACUGAUAUUUAAAUACAUUUUUGUUUGAUAUCACUGGAAUAAGGGAAAGUUGAUGUAUAAAA